AUGUCGAGACGCGGCGGCGAGAUCGAGUCUUCCAACAUUCUCGAUGGCCCACGCAAGCGACUUCGGGCUAGCAACAACGCUGCCGCAGAUGACGCGUCUGCAGCAGCAGCAUCUUCUCCCGCUGGCACAUCCGCCUCUGGCUCCGCUUCCGCGAGCACCGCUGGCAUGGGCGUGAUCGAGCGCAGAAUUCACAGCCUCUCGGUGGAGCAGGUGGCGCAGUAUGGACAAAAGCUCAUGGACACGGUCAUGGAAGCCACCGAUCCAACCGACGGCGAUCCGCUCCACGAGUUCUUCCUCGAGCUUCCGGACGCGCAAGAGUAUCCGGACUAUUACGAAAUAAUCAAGCGUCCCAUGGCGCUCGAAGAGAUCCAGUCCAAGCUCGACCAACGUAGCUACCCUACUCUACCCGACGUCAAGCACGACUUUGAAACCAUCUGCAACAACGCAAAACGCUACAAUCUGCGCGACACUCCCGUGUGGCUCAAGGCAAAGGAGCUUCACAGUCUCAUCAAGAUCACUUACGUUCAGAUCGUCGAGAGUCUUCCCGAACCAAGCGCUGCCGAUACAUCUGUUCCCGCAACAUCUGCUGCUCCCACCACUGCCUCUGCCGUUGGCGCUCAAGAUACUCCUUUGCGUCCCAAACGCAUCAUGCUCCGAGCCUCAAAGUCACAGGCCAGGCUGAACGAUCAGUCACAGCCAAAGUUGGAAGCGCAGGAUACCGCCAUUCCUCCAUUGCCAACAGCAUCUCAACCUCAGCUUGCUCAGCAGCAGCAAUCGUCCGAUUCCAAGAGCUCUCUUCUACAACAGCCCAGCAGUUCGCUCACACCCGCUCGCCAGCAAAGCCAGCAACCCUACACGGCAGCCGGCACGCCCAGCUCGGCCGCAGAUGACGACGACGACGCUGAUGCCGACGCUGAUGACGACGACAACUGGGACGCAGACGGCGAUUCUUCCAAGCUUACAAAAGGCGGCCUUCUCGACGGUCGCAAGCGGCCAGGCAAGCGAGGCAAGCGUCUUAAAGCAACCCUUCGACAGCUCGUCUACGACCUCCGUCGUGUCGUUGGUUCGCGCGGCUACCCCCUCGUCCAGAACUUUGACGCUCUUCCCGAUCGAGCUCAGAACCCUCAAUACUACCAGGUCAUCUCCCGACCCGUCUGCUUGCGAGACAUCGAACACCGCGUCUACGAAAAGGGCUACAUCAACGCGCACGCUCUCUUCACCGAUCUCGAGCUCAUGCUCAACAACGCCAUGUCGUACCACCCUCCCGAGCACCCUGUCUGGCAAGACGCUGCAGAGAUUCGCCAGUAUUUUGAACGCGAGGCCAUCCCUGCGCUCAUGCAGGACGGCUUCACGUUGGAAAAGGACGACGUCAGACAGUCUGCGCUGCCUCUCCACCUUGCUGCCAACAGCACCAUCGAGGCUCACAAGGCUGCCUACAGGAUGAUGGCCUCCAAGUUUGCCGCGGGCGAAGGCGCUUCGCAGAGCCCUGAGCCAUCCUCUCGCGCCAGACUGGGCUCCGCAGGUGUCGCCGCGUCACCUGCGCUGUCUGCGAAUGCAGCCUGGACGGCAGGGUCGCCAGCCGCGUUUGGCUCGCCCUCCCCGGCCUUGCAGUCCCCUGCGAUGCCGAUGUCGAACGCAAACAUUCCUUUGAUGGGAGGAGCUCCUGGAUCGAUGCCCAUGUCAAUGCCGAUGGCGCCGCCCAUGUCGAAUGUCGGAUCUCCGUUCCCCAUACCGGCAGGAAUGCCGCACAUGGGUAUGGCAGACUCGCCCGCACGACCUAUGCAAUUUCCAGGGACGCCGGGCGCAUCGCCGCGCAACGUCGCAACACCCGAAGGCAGAAGACCAGUCGGCCGUCCGCCUGGCAAAGGCACUCCCACCCGAUCCAACCCCUACCCAUUCCUGGAGCGUCGUGUCGGUCCGGGUCGUCCCAAGAAGCACGAAGCUGCAGCACGUCAAGCCGCCAUCGCCGCGCACGAGGAGAUGCUUCGCAAACAGUCUCUGCAGGACCAACAAGAUCAAAUGACGCAACAGCAACAGGCUGCUGCGCUCGCCGCGCAGCCCAUUCCGCAAUGGCAGCAGCAGCAGCUCCUUCAACAGCAACACCAGCAGCAGCUGCUGCUUCAGCGACAGCAAGAACAGGCGGCUCAACAACAUCGACAGCAGCAACAGCAGCAGCAGCAACAGCGUCGACAACAGCAGCAGCUUCAGCAGCAACAGCAGGCGCAGCAGCAGCAAGCGUAUCUCGAACAGCAGCAGAGACAACUUCAGCAACAACAGCACCCGCACGGACCCAGCCCUUCGCCUUCGCAUCAGAUGCUGCCGCCCGGUGCACCUGGAGGCCAUUCGCCGUUUGGUAGUGGCAUGGCUGUUGCAGAGCCGCCGUCACCGGUCAAGAGGAAAGAAUCUGUGCUGCCGGCCGAACCGCGCGAGCCACCGCCGUUUGAAGGCUUGGAGAACCGAACCCCUCUGAUCAGCAACUUUGCCAUCGGGAUGGAGGUGGAAGAGCCCGACGGGCAGACACUCGCAGUACCUUCAUUGGAGAUCAAGAACGGACAUGCGACACAGCACACGCUGCAGAUCCCACCAAAUGCGUCGAGCAUCACCAUCGUGUUCCCUCUUCGCAUGCUGAAUAAGAAGCACCAGCCGAAGCUGGAGGAAGCGGCCGCCGAUGCCGCAGGUGCCGACGGCGAUGUAUCGAUGGACGACGCUUCCAACGCCGCGACUGCUGCCAACGGUAACCAGGCCAAAGCUGCGCCUCAGACGAACGGCAAAGCAGACGACGAGCAAGCUUCAUCGCUGACAUGGCCGUGGCAGCCGGAGCUGAGCUUCAACGGUCGAAGCACCGAAGGCAGUUGGACCGCGUCAGAAUCGUUCAUCGAUCCAGCACUUCUCGAAGACGCUGAUGGAGACGACGACGACAACGAUGAGGGAGGAUUCACAACCUCGAUCGGCUACUCGUACUGUCAGGUGCGUCUGCUUCCGAGACGCGGGAUCAACGUGUUUGAGAUCACCGUCAGACCGGAUUCGACGUACGCGGCUGUCAAGGGCGUCCCUGCCGAGAGGUACUCCAUCUUCUUCUGCUGA